AUGGAGAUGUUCAACGCAUCAUGUCCAGCGCGCAACAUCCUCUUAUUCCAUCUCGCCAAAUACGGACGGAUGAAUGUGGGCAGAUGUAUGAAGAGCAACUACGGUCAACAGGGUUGCAGCAUUGACGUCACCAACUUCAUGAACCACAAAUGCGCCGGAAGAGACUUUUGCCUUUUCCAGGUUCCUGACCCUGACCUUUACAAGACCCAUCCAUGCCCUUCCGACUUCACAUCUUAUCUCGAAUCAUCGGAAACCAAAUGUCCGUGGGUCAUCGAGGCCCUCCCUGGACAGAGAAUUAACUUGACCAUGCAUAGCGUGCUGCAACAAUUGUACAAAAAAUUUGAGCAGCAGAACAAACAAAACUGGAGCAGACCAAAGUCGUCGUACAGUCUCAACAAGCAGUUGUACCAGUACGGUGCGGACGAUUCCAGUAGUAGUAACGCCAUCCUGCACACCACCACCAACAACAAAGCCUGUUUCGAGAUAGGUUUUGUGGUAGAUGGUGCGGAAGGCAAGCGAUCCAUUACGGUCUGCCAGAACGAUGCCACCAGGGACCACCAUCUCAUGCUUACCAACUUCCACAUCAUCCGAAUUGAAUUUACAGAUGUUCACAUGCUGAGAGAGCUCGGAAUUUUUAUCUUGGAGUUCAAUGUUGUAGGAUGUCCAACGUUGAGAGCUUCGGCAAACAGCUGGCAGCAGAAGACAGGGGACAGUUUGAUAGUUCGUUGCAACAGCACCUCACAGAAGUGGCACCUGGUCUGCAGGGGCAACGAGUGGUCGGGAGAAGUUGGCAACUGUUCCGCGGGUUACUCUGAUUCUUUCAACAGCUGGAGUCUUGGUCAAAUGUUCAAUGCCGAAGAUUCAUUUCCAUUUGGUGUGUUGCUAGCCGUUUCUAUAGGCGUUGCCAUGGGGAUCGUGAUCGGAGGCUUCCUCUUAUGCCUCAUCACGCUCUAUCUCAAACGGCAACGUCAAAACAACCCAUUCUCUGGUGGUUACAGCUCACCCAAGGAACAGCAAAUACAACCGAGGUUCCAGAUGACACGACUCAACGCCAUGAACUCCGAAAGCCAACCUUUGCACAAUAACUGGCUUGUUCUAGACUCAAGGGACUGCGUCAACAAUUCAAUCAACAACGACAACAACAACAACAAUAUAAGACCGGCAACAUAUCAAAGCAGCUGCAUGUCCAGUAAGGUCUCCAGGAAAGCAUUUCAGUCUCCGCCGAUCGUCCUUGGAUUGGAUGAUUCCUUCCUGGAUGUUGCAAACGUUAUAGAAACUGAGAACAUGAUGCUGGCAGAUCAGCAAAAGAUCUACCAUCACGACCAUCCUUGCUUGAACAACAUCCACAACUCACCACAGCGCUAUUACAGUCUUAAAGCACUAAGUGAUAUGCCGAAAGUAAACAAUGCUGAUUUGCUGAACUUCAAGGAGCCACCAACACUUUAUGAAACUUCGUGUUUUUCGUAGAAAUUUUUGAAAAAGAAGCUAAAUAUUUUAAUUCGAAUUGACUGAUGUCUUUGAAUGAUUUUUAUUAUUAUUUUAUUAAACACGGAUCUAUUGAGUGUAUCAGCUGGAUAUAUCGCGGCAGUUUAUAAUGUGUAGUUGCUUCAAUCUUUCACAUCAAAAUGUUUCAUGAGAAUAAAAUCAUUGUCAACAUAAAAAAAUGUGAAAACUUUUUGCAUGGGUUUAUUAUUUUUCCACAUUCAACUCCGCUUCUAAACUUGUUAAAUGAAAUAAUUAAAUUUGUUUUUCUGGGUU